AUGAUGGUGGAAAUGGUAAGAUUUACUAGCCAACAUAAUCGUCGCCAUAUGCCAUCGUCAUUGAUUAAACUAGAUUUCACAGCUAAUGCUGUUUAUAAUAAACUCUAUCAACGUUCAUUAAACAUAAACAAUACAAAUGUUAUUAGUAUCGAACCACGUAAUAAAGUUUGGUUUGCUAUAAAAAACGGAACAAUAUAUGCAUUACCAUUAUUUGGUGAUUAUUCAGGUCCAUUUAAAGUUCAAAUAGAAAAUCCAAAUCCAAUAAAAUUAAAAUUAAAAUUUGAUUUUGCUCCAUCAUCAUCAUUAUUUUCACCAUCUGAUCAUCUUCUUCUUGCCUUAUUUAAUAUAUCAUCCGUAAAUUAUAAUAGUUCAUUAAUAAAUCGUUAUUUUAUUGUACGAACAUUAUCAAUAGCCUUAAAUUUAAGUGAAUCCUUAAUAACAAUACAUAAAAUCAAUGGUACAAUGAUAAAAGUUUAUUUUUCAUGUGAUUUAUAUUCUACAAAAGAUCUUGCAUAUCAGAUAAAAUCAUUAAUUAAUUAUUAUUAUUCAAAACGUUUACAAUUAGUUUCGUUUUUUCCUUUACCAUUAAUUGAAAUAUCAAUUCUACGAUUAUCUCAUCAACCAUCUACAACAACAACGGCAACAAAUUCAAUGAUAGAAAUAAAAAAAGCAGUUAUGACAAUAAGACCAAGAUUAUUAACUAAUCGAACAUUAACACCUCCAUUAAAUAAUCUCAUACUUCUUGAUCAAUUUUAUCAACCACUUGUUAUUGUUCCAUUAGCAAUUAUUUUAAUUGGCUUAUUAAUAUGUACAAUAAUUGCAUUUUGUCUUUGUUAUAAUCGUCGUUCAUCAUCAUCAUCCACAUUACUUUUACCAAGUGGACCAUCAGGUAGUCCAAAUAAUAAAUAUUUAUAUGAAAAUUAUUCAUAUCGUAAACAUCGACAACAACAAGAAAUUUAUCGAAAAAAACAUUAUUUAAAAGAUCAAAAACAGUUUAUUUCUAAAGGCAUUCCUGUGGUAUUCGCUGAAGAACUUGAAGAAAAAUUAGAACAAACACAUACACCUUUAGUUAUGAGAAUUGAAAAAGCACCAUUUUAUAAUGAACAAGAACAGAAUGGAUUAGAAAAAGUUACACUUUGA